AUGUGCGCGACACUCCGAAAUGAUAGCUGUGGUAUUUGCGGUGGAAAUGGCUCCAGUUGCAACCGUUUAGAUUCCUUUUGGCCUCGAAUUAUACCAUCUUCAACCACAAAGAUCGAUGUUUUUGGCGCCGGAUUUAACCCGAUUAUAUCAGUGCUCCUGCUGAAAAAUGGCUCCCAAAUCAAUGACACUGUUUGGAAAAUAAAAAACUCGACUUUCCUUCAAAUGACGGUCACGCUGGAACCGGGACUGUAUAAAUUAAGGGUGAAUUUUAAUUCAACUUUCUCCAAAGAUUCCAUGGCUAAUUUGACGGUCUACAAUAAAACAAGUAAGUAUUCAUGCCAUUGUUUGAUAACUUUGAUUGUAUCAUUCUUCUUCUUCUUCUUCAUCUUCUUCUUCUUCUCCUCCUCCUCCUCCUGUUUCUUCUUCUUCUUCUUCUUCCUCCUCCUCCUUCUUCUUCUUCUUCUUCCUCCUUCUCCUCCUCCUCUUUCUUCUUCUUCUUCUUCUUCUUCUUCUUCUUCUUCUUCUUCUUCUAUGUGCCGUAUCCCUUCAUGA